ACAGUGCUUUGUAAAAGCAUAUAAGCGCCAUUCCACUUUGUCAGGUCACAACAUUUUAAAUGCAUUCUAUGCGAUAAACCAACCAAAUGAAGUGUAUACUUGUGAAGAUGUCAGAAACAUGAUACAUGGUCUAAUUCUUUUCACAAAUAAAAAUUUUAAAAGUGUGUCACAUUCUUAAAUUAAUCCCAGCAGAGUCGAUUCUCUCCUACUCAAGCUGGAAGUCUUUUGGCAAGUUUUCAUUUAUUUAUUUGUGCCAUUCCAACAUAUAAAUAUGCUUGGAUUGCAACUAUUCCACUGGAGCUCUGGCUUCAUAUUUGGGGUCUUUGCUCUGCUGAAAGACAAAACUACCAGCCUCUAAUAGGUCUUCAUCCAGGGUUACCCUGUGUUUAUCUAAAUUCAUCUUCCCAUCUACUCCCGUCAGUUUUCCUGUCUCUGCUGUAGAAAAGCAUCCCCAAAGCAUGAUGCCACCAUCACCAUGUUUUACCAUUGGGAUGGUGUGUUCGAGACAAUGUGCGGUUGGACAUGGGUACUCGGCCCCACAGUAUAGAAAAUUGAUGGAUUAAAUUACUCAAAGAUGGACUCUGUUUAAUAAGGGGUGACCUCUUGAAGGUACAUGGUUGCACUAGUUCUUAUUUAGGCAUACUAGAGUCAAGAGGGCUGAAAACAAAUGCAUAUCAUAUUUUUCAGAUUUUUAUUUUGUAAACCAUUUUGAAUGCUGUGUAUCAUUUUCAUUCCACUUCGCAAUUUUGCUCUACUUUGUGUUGGCCUAUCACAUAAAAUCCUGAUAAAAUACAUACCAGCUUGCAAUGACAAACUGUUAAAACGUUAAGGGGUAUGAACAUUUUUAGAAGUCAUUGUAUUGUUAAAUUUAUUUGAAGAAAUUGAAAAGCAAAUUAUUCUCAUAGUUUAGUUCUUUAUCCUUUCUAAUGUUCAUGACAAUUUUCUUUUUUGUCCUCUAUCUCGCAUAAGCUGCUGUACAGCAUGUGCUUCAUUUUAAGCUGUGUCACUUCUGUAAUCAGAUUUUACAGUUUUCACUAUUGGGAAGCUACUUUAUACAAAAAUAAAAAAAAGGUUACAUCUGGAUAUGAAUGUUUCCAUGUCUUGUCAGCUGGUGGCAUUUCCCUUCUGCCUGGAGCAGGUAAAAUAAGCCCAGGCCAGACUCUGAGAUACAGUUCAAAUGUUCUGAGACUAAUUGCAAUUGUACAAAGGCUUCCAUACGCCAGAGGAGGAAUUUAAGGUAUGCUGCAAAGGGAAAUUGUUCCAGUGAGCUCGUGAUUAACAACCCGUCUGAAAGGAUUAGAGGCACUUUCUUUGAGGAAUUCUCUAAUGGCUUGGAACAAGUGUUUUCCCCAAAGUGACUGUGUUGCCCAUGCUAUUUUUGAGCUGGAUUAUCCAAUGUGCCUUAACCUGCGGUCAUGCACAAAAUACAGAGGAACAACAUUUUGGACUUAGUUUCCUCUGACAUCUGCCAGACAGCUUUUGUCCAGCUGUGCUUGCCACUGGGGUUGUGGUAGUGGAAGUGAUAGGAGCAAUCCUGCAUGGAUAAGCACCAGGUGGUGGGGGUGCUGCGUCAGAUGGAGAAAUUCUUGAAAGGCCAGGAGAUCCGGUUUACAGAGGGUCUGCGGAUCAUGAAGUCAAAGCUGGCGUCGCUUCAGAACUCCGUCUCCAAGUUACCUCAAGCUGAUCAGUCAGCUGCUCUGACCACCUGCCCCUCCCUGGAAGCCCCUGCUCAUGGAGCAAAGUUUGGCUCAAAGCAUUUUGUCAGACACGAGGUCCAUUUCACUUGUUCGCAGGGGUACCAGCUUGUUGGGUCUUCUACCCGGGUUUGUCGGGACAACGGCACCUGGUCCGGUGUCAGUGCAGUUUGUAAAGAUAUAAGCGAGUGUGCGAGUAACCCCUGUCAAAACGGAGGGAGCUGCGUGGAAGGCGUCAGCCAGUACAAAUGCACCUGCCCCCACAACUGGAGCGGCUCCCACUGCCAGCACCAAACCCAGACCGCCCCGCCAGAGUGGAGCGUUAUGAAUGAUCCAGCAUUUAGUCGGAGACCUCGGUGCGCCCAAGUCAACCAGGCCCAACACUGCAGCUGUGACGCAGGCUUUCACAUGAGUGGCACGUCUGACAACAGUAUCUGUCAGGACGUUAAUGAAUGCGAAGUGUACCGGUUGGACCAAGGAGGGAAACUGUGUGUCCAUGAGUGCGUGAACGUCCCAGGCUCCUACCGCUGCUCCUGUCCCAGCGGCUACAAGUUGCUUCCAGAUGGGCGGAGCUGUGAAGAUGUGGAUGAGUGUUUGAGCCAGAAGCAUAACUGUAGCAGAGGGACAUCUUGCAUCAACACUGGGGGAGGCUGUCGGUGUGUCAACCCAGAGUGUCCUCGUUCCCAUGGCAACAUCAGCUAUGUCAAGACAUCUCCUUUUCAGUGUGAGAGAAACCCAUGCCCCAUGGACAGCCGCUCAUGCCAUCUGUCUCCUAAGACCGUGUCCUUCCAUUACCUGUCCCUGCCCUCCAACCUGAAAACUCCUGCCACGUUGUUCCGAAUGGCAACCGCAGCCGCCCCCGGCCGCACAGGACCAGACAGCUUACGCUUCGGCAUAGCGGGGGGAAACUCCAGAGGCAUCUUUGUCAUGCAGCGCUCGGACAGACAGACCGGCGAGCUGAUACUGGUGCAGCAGCUUCGUGGGCCACAGGAGGUCAGCGUCGACGUGGAGAUGUCUGAGUACGUCGAUCGCAGCUUUCAGGCCAAGCAUGUAGCAAGGGUCCAUGUUCUGGUUUCGCCUUACAAUUUCUAAAUGGGAGAGCCUGGAGGAGGAGAAGAAAUUAGACCGAAUGAAACCUUUAUAGGAACAAGGAAGAGUGCACAAUGGCCACUGAGGUGAAAAGAAAAUCAUCACAGGUGCGUCUUUAAAUGUUCCCAGUACGAUCUAGAGUGAUGGCAGGGUGUUUGGCGCUGGGAAAAAGUAUACAUUUCUUCAGUUUUUGCUUUUUUGUCAUACUUGAGUGUUUCAGGUCAUUAAAAAAUUUCUACCAUCAGACAAAGAUAAUUUGAAUCAAUACAAAAUGCAGUUUUCUAAUUACGAUUUUAUUUAGUCAGGGAAAAAAGCUACCCGCACAUACCCGGCUCUUGGUCCAAGGUUUUAGAAAGCUAGGUUAAAUUUUACCAGCCACUCCCAGAUCUGAUAACAGUUGUUACAGAAUAAAGAAAUCACUUAAAAAUGACGUGUCUGACAACAUGAGGUAGGCCAAAUGAGGUAGACUUAAAAACAACACACUAUGUCCUGAUCUGAAGGAAUCCAAGAAGAGGUAAUAAAAAAAGUCAUUGACCUUGUUCUGGAAAGAGUUACAAGGAGUCUGUCUCUCUGGCCGACUGCAAUGAGAGCCAUUAUUUGCAAAUGGAGUAGACAUGGAAGAGUGGUGAGCCAAUCAAAAUAACAAAAAGAGUAACGGAUACUCAUAGUAUUCAACAGUAAGAAAGAGAAUGGGGAAAAAGCCAUCCAUUGGGAGGCACUAAGGCCAAAACUACUGCUGACCAAAAACAACACAAAGGCCUAUUUCACCCUUGUCCAAAUUAAUUCAUUUUGAUAAUACUGUUUGAAAGGUGUGCCUCUGGCUCAAAACCAACACAGCUGGGGCGCAUCGGUGACACAGGGGACUUUCUGAAAUUAAUGGAAACAUGAAUUCUGCUCUCCAGGAGAAUGUCAAAUUAUACACGUUACCUUAAGCUCAAACAUACCUGGGUUAUGCAGCAAGACAACAAUCCAAAACACACCAGCAAUUUUACCUCUGAGUUGCUCAAAAAAAUCAUGAAGGUUUCGAAGUGACCUAGUCAAAGUCCGGACUUAAAUCGGAUUGAGACAUUGAAAAGGCCAAUAAUCCUCGAAAACCCUCCGAUGUGGCUGAAAAAAGAAGAGUGGGCCGAAUUUCAUCCACAUCUAAACAAUCUAAAAAACUCACUGCCUGUUUUCAGAAACAUCUGAUGCCGGCCAUUGCCACCAGUAAUGGCACAACCAGUUACUUUUGACACACAGCCUGGUUGGUUUGGAUAGCCUUUUCCUCUGAUGAAUGAAAUCCUCAUUUAGAAACUGCUGUUUAUAUUAAGUCAAAUGCAAAAUACCUUUUCACAGUACUGCAGUUCAUGAAAUCUGGUUAAGGAAUAGUAUUAUGUCUGUAUAGAAGCUCUUGCAGGGUCUCAUAAACAUCCCUACAUGACAUUAGUGCUUGUGUGGCUCUAAUUUAUUGGAAAUAUUGGUGCUAGGUUCUAAAGUGUAACAUAUUAUGUGCAAAUCAUAUCAUAUACUGUAUAUUUGUUAUUUUCUUUUUGUACAAGCUUGCAGUCAUGUUUUUCCAACAGCUGCUGCAGUGUUUCUCUGUCAGAUUCUGUACGUUAUGCCAAAAUUCUCAAAAAUUACUGCAAUAAAGCCAGUCCAAGAUUUCAA